AGAGGUACAGAUAGAAGCAUCAGCGAUCAGCGAGGAUCAUUAUCUGCUGCCUCCUGCACACCCGGAACCGGGGCUGGAGCUCGCAACCCGGGCACGUGCCCUGACCGGGACGGAGCCGUGAUCUCUGGCUCAUGGGUCCACGCUCAGCUCCGCCGGCGGGGCCGCCGCUGGUUUUAACCGCCGCCGCCGGGGCUCCGCGUUCCCCUUUAAGCGGGACCCGCGUGGUCCCGGGGCUGCAAGGAGCUGGAUGGCGACGGGCCCGUCGGCGCUGCGGGCGGGCGGCUCGAUUGGCUGAGGCUGAGGGCCGGGCUGGCGGCCCCGCAGGAUUGGCCGCGGCCUCCCAGGGCCCGCCUCCCGCACUGACGCAGCCCCGCGUGCGCAGGGGCAGGGCGGCGGGCCGCAGCGGCGGGCGCGUUCCCGGGAACAUGGCGGCGGCGGACCUCGCCCAGAUCCCCGAUGUGGACAUCGACCCCGACGGCGUCUUCAAGUACGUGCUCAUCCGCGUCAACGUGGCCCCGGCGGGCGAGAGCAAGGAGAUCGUACGCGGCUACAAGUGGGCCGAGUACCACGCUGACAUCUACGACAAGGUGGCGGGCGAGAUGCAGCAGAAAGGCUAUGGCUGCGAGUGCCUGGGCGGCGGGCGGAUCUCGCACCAGAGCCAGGACAAGAAGAUCCACGUGUACGGCUACUCCAUGGGGUUCGGCCGUGCCCAGCACUCCAUCUCCACCGAGAAGAUCAAAGCCAGGUACCCCGACUAUGAAGUGACCUGGGCAGACGAUGGCUACUGAGGCCACCCGCUCAGAACUCUGCCCUUGAAGCCCUCCUGGGGGGCUGGGCUGCCCCCCUGGCACGUGCCACCCUGCCCAGGCUUUGGAGAUGGACGCCAGCCUGGCCCCGGUUCCGGGCUUACCUCACCCACGGGAAUAAAAAGCACUAACCCAGCUGGGCCCCAGA